AUGAAGCCGCAGCGGCCGGCAUCGGGCGGCGCGGGCGAUUCCAUCCUCGACCAGGUGGCCAACCGCCCGAAGUUCUGUGAGCGCCGAGAGCUGGCGUUCGCGCGCCCGGAGCGGGCCAGGGACAAGCUGCUGAGCUACUCGACCCUGAAGGUGAAGGUCGUGAAGGCCAGGAGCCUGGUGGAGGCGGACAUUGUGUCGUCUGACCCAUACGCGGAGGUCUACGUAGACGACGUCCUGAAGGGCCACACGCCCACUGUAUUCAAGAGCCUGAACCCCGUGUGGAAUUGGGAGAAGACCCUCGAGAUCAAGCACCCGGCGUCAGUGGUGCUCGUUCGGGUGAUGGACUACGACCUCUCGAAUCCUGACGACAUGCUUGGAUUCGUGGAGUUCCCUGUCGCGGACCUGCCUCUCGAAACCUGCACCGCUGGCUGGUUCCGCCUGCACCCGGCCGAGAAGCUGGUCGGCAAGGCAUCCCAGCGCCUGGAGAAGAUCUCGGAGCCCCUCGAGGAGACCUGCGGAGCCGUAUUCCUUGAGCUGACCCGCAAGAUCGAGUCGGGAGACGCCACUGACGAACAGUAUGCCUGGUGCCUGCCAGAUCCGGAGCCCAUCGAUUGGCCCGAGUAUACCGGAGCCAGGAAGAAGCUGGACGCCCAAGCUCUGAUCGACAGCAUCAUGGACUUCAAGACCGCCCUGCUCGGGGGCCUCAUCCGCCCGCUCAUGACGGGGGUUGGAUACAUCUUGGGGUGGCGCAAUAUCCCGAUGACAUCGUGCGUGCUCGCCAUCUGUCUCGGCGUGUCGUACCGGCCAGAGCUGUUCAUCAGCGGCAUGCUCCUCAUGGCUGGCCUGCUGCUGCUCAUGACGUCGGACCCCUCCGUGUGCUCGGCCAUGUCGUUGUUGCCCGCCGCAGUCCCUCUCGACGACGCUGGCUACGCGCUCAUUGCCCAGACGAAGGACACCGACGCCGCGGUGGCCUUCCUCCAGCGCGUGGUCUUCGCCCUGCAGGGCACCGUCGCCGACGACGACAAGCUCCGGGAGUUUGCCGCCUUCUCGUCGCACGAGGGGGAGGCGGUCGCCGAGAGCUACGCCGACCUCAAGCGGCAGCUCCACAAGGCGAAGGCCAACAAGGAGAGCCGGUGCCCGAUCAUCAAGACCGACGACAAGCCCCUGAAGAAGGGCGCGCUCGUGCACAGAAGCGGCCAGAAGGGCGAGGUCGUGAGCUGCAAAAACCCCGACGAGGUCCUCACGUGGGAGUACGAGGUGCAGUUCGACGGCGCUGACGCGCCAGAGGUGGUCAGAGCCGACCGGCUCGACUCGCGCACGGACAUGCGCUGGAUGUCGGGGGACGCCAUGCUGGCCAUCAUCCCAGACUCGGUGGAGGACUCGCUGAUAGGCUGGACGGCCUUCUUCCGAAGCUUGACCACCACGCUCGAGGGGGCCGAGAAGCCCAUCCGCGACAUCGCUGGCUGGAAGGACAAGACGAAGACCCUGACGGUGGCCGUGGCCUGCCUGGUGCUCUCGGUGCUCUUCCUCUGGAUCCAGCGGCUGUUCUGCUUCGCGGUGGCGGUCUAUCUGUUCGCCAAGAACACCGAGGCGUGGAUCUCGUUCUUCGCGAAGCGGCGGGGCCAGGCGGCGCUCGAGAAGCAGAAGGGCGCGAGGGACGUCUCCGAGUGGGGCUUCUUCACGAGGGCGAGCGCGGACGACGACAAGGCGGGCUCGAAGGCGCCGCUCCUGCAGUCAUUCAUGGACAGCGCCAGGAGCACCUUCGGGAUGGGCAAGGCCUGA